AUGUCAAAAAGAGAUUUCGAAUUUGAAGAUAUGAGAAAAGAUGAUCAAGAUGAUGGGGGAGCUUCAGCAAGAUCUGGCAGGGUCAGAAAGAAAUCAGCCAAAGUUCUGGAAAUGGAAGAAUUUGAGCAGGUUGAAAAGACACAGUUAGUUACUAAAAAGGGCAAAACUCCCAAGAUUGUAGGGAAAAUGCCAACUGAGCAAGAUUCUCCAUUUAGCGACAAAACACCACCAGUAAAAAAGAUGAAAAUCACAAAACCUCCAGUUGUCGGUGCAUUGUCUGCAACACUGGACCUAACACCUUUGUCGUCUAAAGUGGUGAAAGCUGUACCAGCAAAAUCAGAGCUGAGUGCACACCAGACCAAGCCGGUCCAGCAGUUUGUCUCCAUUCAGACGAGUGGCAUCCUCACACGUGCUCUGCCUGGUGAUUUGACAUUGAGUCCGACAGAUUUGAUGACCACUACGUUAAAACCAGAAUAUGAAACUGACCUGUCUAUUAUGUCAGACCUAGGUCUGCAACAGCAGAUACUGCAGCACUCACCAGUUAGAUCUGAAGACCAGAAAAGUGUUAUUAAGUAUCUGCUCAGUUCCCCUUCUGCUGGCUCCAAGCCUUCGGUGAGCACGACUGUCUUCAGUAGAACAGAACCUUCUCCAGUUCUCAUCAGUGAGACACCUGCAGCAGCUAAAAAACCUACUAAGAAACCACCAAAGUCACAAGAUGCAGGUGCUGUAAAAAUGCCUAAAUCCAAAAAGGUGAAGGCGGAUGACAUGACAGGUGUGGAGCAACCAGGAGCAGGUCUGAAGAUAAAGAUAUUCUCUAGUAGUGAUCCGAGCACUGCUCAGGUCACCCUCAGCACUCACACAGAGCAGACGUCACCAGCUAAACUUAAAAAACAGCCUAAGAAAAUUAAGCAGAUAGAAACAGAGCACGACUUCCUAAUGGACACUGUCGAUGUUCUGGGACUUUCCAAGGUAAAUAAAGAUGAGCUAGCCGACACUUCUGUAAAAAAGACUAAGAAAGUGUCAAAGAAGAAAGAGAAAUUGAUACAAGAUGCUAUAUCUGCUGCUCAGCAGGUGCCCAAUCUGGCAGCUUUAGUUGCAUCACAGACACUUUUGCCAAGCCAGCUUCAGGAACAUUUAGUAUCACAGUCAUCAUUAUUCACUCCAGGACAGAAACCUUUCAAGCCUCAAAAGAAAAAAAUGAAAACAGUGUCACCACUCUCUGGGUCAGCCAGCAGCAGUGAUGAUCCUAAUGACAGUCUGGGCAAGUCUGACCUGUCUUUUGGAGAUGAUGGGGAAGAAUCUCACCUUGUUAUUGCAGAAACAGAACGGAAGAAGAAAAAACAAUUCAGUAAAAAGAAAGUUCUCUUACAUAAGGACAAAUCAGAGUCAGACAGUCCAAAAGGAGACAAAGGAGACAAAAAAUUAUCCAAACGGGCCCCAACUGCUUACAUGCUGUUCUGCAACACCCACAGAGCAGCCAUUGUUAAUGAGAAUCCAGGAAUUGAAUUUGCUGCAAUAAGUCGGAGGUUGGGUGAAAUGUGGCAGAACUUGUCAAAUAAACAAAAACUGCAAUGGCGCAGAAAAGCUCAGAGACGAAGGAAAAAAGGGUCGAACCUAAUCUCUACUGGUAAGGCAGGCAGAGAAUCAGGUUCCCUCACCCAUACGCCUGUCUCAUCCAUCCAGUCACAUCAAAGCCCAGGGUUAAAGCUGUCAGCAAUGAUGCAGAAAGCUCAACGGUCUUCCCCUGAAGACACCCCACAAAGUCCAACAAAGAAUUUCAGCAUUGAACCUAUUGAUGUGGCUGCACAUCUAAAAUUGCUGGGAGAAUCACUAAGCAUCAUUGGCAUGAGACUGCAAGAACACAAGGGUAUGAUUGCAGUUCAGGGCAGCCUGUCUGUUCUUCUAGAUUCUUUGCUUUGCGCCUGCGGACCAUUGCUGUGUUUGACCCAGCAAGUUCCUGGUAUGGAUGGAUGUUCUCCACUGGUACAUGCCCAGACUUUAGACAGUGUGGCCUAUGUCAUGCCUGGUCUCUAG